AUGGACAUCAGUCGGCUGUCAGACAACGACACGGCUUUGGAAGCAGACAGUCGAAGCGCAAGCCCCGAUUCUCUCGACGACUGGCAGGAUCUGAUCCGUGACGGCAAUGUUACGGCUUUGAGACAUGCCUGUACUCAGCUGCGUGCUGAAGGGAAGUCCUUUCCGCUGCAGGCCAUGCUACAAAUUGCCUUGGCCAGAGACGACGCCAGCGUUUUGCAACUGCUGUUCGACCUGGGCGCCAGAAUUGAGCCAUGCUUGGACACUCUAACUAUCAAAGAAGAACGGAGACCGCUAAAAUUUUACCGAGUCUUGAUAAAACAUGGCUGGCCAACAGGACCUCGAGGCAUGACCAACAAUCUUGGCCAUGGCCGUGAAGUUGUAGAGCUCCUUCUGGCGAGUGGUCGAAUGGUCAGUGUACCGUGUUUGCUCGCAGCCGUAAGGACAGGUGAUGUUGAAGUGCUGGCAAUAUUGUUACAGAAAAUCAACCCACGGGCGAAAGUGCCGGUGAUGGAAGACUAUGAGAUGGCAAUGAACGAUCCUGGAUAUUGGACCAGCGCUCGAAUGUUCUCGGAGAGGCCAUCUUUGCAGCGCAUCAUAGAUGAAGCCAGCCUGCUGCCGCUAGCCGCAUUGUACCAGGAGAUCGAUAUGGUGCAGCACCUGUUGGAGCUGCAAGCAUCGGUGAACCUGGUGCCAGUGGCAGAUCAGUCUCCAGAGGGUGUCAACGGCUGCGCCCUGCACAAGGCCGUGAGCGGUGCCGUUGUGGGCCGAAUCCCUCAGCCGAAGCUCGUCCAAAUGCUAUUGGAAGCUGGCGCAGAUCCGUUGCUGAUGGAUGACCUUGGUCGUACAGCACUCGACAUCAACGAGAGUUGGGGGCAUGCCUCCACCAGGGACUCUAUUCGUUGUCUGCUGCGUGACCGUAUGGGCUCCUAUGGAUGA